UCUUAGGCAUAGACCUAAUAUGUAUGUACCUGGGUUCUUAGGCAAAAAUCACAGCUAUAUUUGUAUAUAGACAUGGAAAGUUGUGUUUCCAGUAAUCAUCUUUGCUCGAAUGGUGUGAAAAUGCAGUAUCUUUUAUCUUAUGCCUUGUCUGAUUGUGGUCAAAUUUACAGAGUAUAUGCAAAGUGGUAGGGCAACAGAAAAAACAGAUGUAUACAGCUUUGGAGUCUUGGUGCUGGAAGUUUUGAGUGGGAAACGACCCACUGAUUCAUCAUUCACUGAGAAAGACUUGAAUAUUCUAGGAUGGUUGAAUUUCUUGGUCCUUGAGGACCGUCAAAGAGAAAUAAUUGAUCCACACUGCGAUGGCGUGCAGAUUGAAAGCCUGGAUGCUUUGCUCUCUGUUGCCAUUCAGUGUGUUUCCUCAGCUCCAGAAGAGCGGCCUACAAUGCACAGAAUGGUGCAAUUAUUGGAGUCAGAGGUUAUGACACCGUGUCUGAGUGACUUUUAUGACUCUAACUCAGAUUAGUUGCAUUUUAUUUAGUUGUCAACUGCUGGUUCAUAUGAUGAAGAUACAUUUGAAGGAAUACAUAAAAUGUUUUGGACACAUUUAUUUUCAUUCAUUUAUUCUUCUCCGCACAUUCUGUAAAUGUGUUUCCAUCUGUGAACUGUUUAGCCUCGUCUCUUCUUCUCAAUGGUAGAAGUGAGAAGCUUUAUCUUUC